UCACUCAACGGGGAAGAAGAAGGAAAAAAAACUACAUUCCCCAUGAUGCUCUAUUGUCAUGUGGGCGAAGACGGCUGAACCGAUGAAGAGCUUCCACUUGGUAUUACUUGAUUAAAUCUUGAUUUUAUCAAUUGAAUUUAGCAGUUUAUCGCUUAGUAAAAAUCUCGGAGGGGUUAGGAAACAUCGUGCUGACUGAACGACUCGCUCCUCGCGGACGAACCGUCGCUGUCAAGCAGGAAUCAUCCAAAAAUAAGCACCGUGUCUCUGCUUCUUCCAGUGGAGACUUCCGGUAAAUGAGAGACGACCACAGCAACAAUGAUGGUGUCUGAACUGCCAACUCACUAAGUUCUGCCAGAGAAGACGUCUGAUGAGAAAUUACUGCAACGUUACAGAUUCCGGAAUGGAAGAAAAGGCAAACGGCUCUGUUGACACCAAAAGCCCAGUGGAGAAUGGUCAGAUGCCCGACCCUGCCAACUGGGGGGUGGCUGAUGUCGUCAACUACUUCAAAGCUACGGGGUUUGAGGAACAAGCCACGGCUUUCCAGGAUCAGGAAAUCGAUGGCAAGUCCCUGCUCCUGAUGACGCGUAACGACGUCUUGACGGGGCUGUCGAUAAAGCUCGGCCCGGCGCUGAAGAUCUAUGAGUAUCACGUGAAGCCGCUGCAGACUCAACACCUGAAGAGCAAUGCGUCGUAGCAGCGCAUGCUGUCCCCAGCAUCCCACCUCAGCGACAAUCAUCCCGUCAGGAGAUCCCAGGUUAGCUGCCGCGUCACAGAUUCCUCUUGUCACAGUGGCACCAUAACAGGAUUUAAAUGCUGUAUGUUUUUUAUAAGCAUGGACCCCAAAAAUGGGUUGAACAUGGAGUCCAAUCAGCUGUUUACCCUUUCAGCCAUUCUUAAUUCUGCUGCUUGAGAUAUGUAUUUUAUUUGUCUGAGUGUGUGCUUUUAUUUCAAAGAAGAAAAAUUUAGGAGGCUGAAUUGAAUUAAUCUGUUUGUUUAGACGUAUUUGUAGAUAAGAUGAUAUAGUUCAAAACCAUGUUUGUUCUGUGUUUCCUGAACACUUUGAUACAUGCAGACAAUUAUUCUGAUGCGUCCCAUUUUGCCCCAAAAUCAUUUUUUAUGCUCGAAGCUGAGCAGCUGAGUCCAUGAUUCGUCCUUCGCAUGUAACAAUAAAGCUUUUUUUUCAGACACAAAAAGCCACGUUGAUUAUCCAGGCCAGAGGCUCCUAACAUGAAAAAUAUUUAUGUGUAUAUAUAUUCUUAUUAUUAUAUUUCCUACCUGUGGUGCUCUCAGCAUUUUGUCACAACUGUAUUGAAGUGUGUAUGACUAAUGUAUAUGUGCAACAUAACACUGGAGUUUGAAUAUCUGAAGCAAAGAUUUGCAAUAAAUGGUGCUCUUUUCUCACCAAAG